CAUUAAUGAACUAGUUGGAACAAUACCGUUUGAAAUCACAACGCUACAAGGCCUGCAGUACCUAAGUUUGUAUAGUAACAGAAUACACGGUUCCAUCCCACAUGAGCUCGGCCGAUUGAGCAACUUGGACACAUUCUACCUCAACGACAAUAGUCUUUCUGGAUCGAUACCUGAUUCACUGGGCAACAUCACCGGACUAGAGGACUUAAUCCUUGCUGCUAACAGGUUAUCUUCAGCAAUUCCUGAAACAAUUUGGAGUCUGCCUCGACUAGAUUACUUAAUUCUGUCACGAAACCUUCUCACUGGAUCGUUGUCAUUAGCUUUGUGGAACAUGGAUUUAUAUGCAUUCGAUAUAUCAGUAAAUCAGCUGUCGGGUAACCUUCCAAGUCCUCCGAAGUAUCUCGAAAUCAAUUAUUUAGAUCUGUCAAAUAACUCAUUCGACGGGCACAUUCCUGAAUCAUUUGGUAAUCUUAUUAACCUUGAUGUCCUAAAUCUUUCUUGCAAUAAGCUCUCAGGUGUUAUACCUGAGUCCUUAGUCAAAAUCCGACAUCUCAGCGUCCUGAACUUAUCUUUCAACAAUUUGGAAGGAAAUGUUCCAAAUGGCGGUGCCUUUUUAAACGUCAGUGCCGUGUCUUUAGAAGGAAAUUCAGCAUUAUGUGGAGCACCCAGAUUUGGCUUUCCAUCUUGCAAUAUAAUUGAUUCUAGAGUUUCUAAUCCAGGGAGGCAUUUGUUGAGAUAUAUCCUCCCUAUUAUUGCUUCUGUCGGAAUCCUUGUUCUUGGUUUCUGCAUCCUAUUAAGAUUUUGUAGAAGGAGAGCCAGGAGUCUAGCCCCUACUAGCAUGCUCUCUCCUACUCACCAUAGAUUGAUCUCAUACUAUGAGCUUGUUCGUGCCACUGACAACUUCAGCGAGAUAAACUUGCUGGGAAUGGGUGCAUUUGGUUCUGUGUACAGAGGGCUUUUAGAUGAUGGUCUUCUUGUUGCCAUCAAGGUCUUGAAUUUGGAAAUUGAAGGAGCUUCAAGGAGUUUUGAUGCUGAAUGUCUUGCUUUGAGGAUGGUUCGACACAGAAACCUUGUUAGAAUCAUUAGCACUUGCUCCAACAUGGAUUUCAAGGCACUUGUACUCCAAUUCAUGCCCAAUGGAAGUCUGGAAAGAUGGCUAUACUCCCAUAAUUACUGCUUGAGCUUGCUUCAAAGGAUUGGCAUCGUAAUCAAUGUAGCUUCAGCUAUUGACUACCUUCAUCAUCACCAUUCUGAGGUUAUACUGCAUUGUGAUCUGAAACCGAGCAACAUUCUUCUUGAUGAAGAAAUGACUGCACAUGUCAGUGACUUUGGCAUCGCAAAACUGCUGAGUGGUGUCAGCCAGAGCGUAACCUCAGCAAGCACGGCAGGGACAAUUGGCUAUAUUGCUCCAGAGUAUGCAUCAACAGGAAGAGUCUCCACAAAGGGAGAUGUCUAUAGCUUUGGAAUAUUGUUGCUAGAAAUCUUUACGAAAUCUUUACGAGAAAGAAGCCUAUUGAUCCCAAAGGGAGAUGUCUAUAGCUUUGGAAUAUUGUUGCUAGAAAUCUUUACGAGAAAGAAGCCUAUUGAUCCUAUGUUUACUGGGGAAUCAAGCUUGCGACGAUGGGUGAAUGAUGCAAAUCCUACAGGGCUGUUAGAUAUUGUGGACUGCAAUCUCCUGAAAGAUGAAAAUGGAAAUGAAAGGCCAAAGAGCUACUUAUUGUGGACUGCAAUCUCCUGA